GAUGUUUGUCACCCUGUUGUAGAUUUUGACAUUUCUUGUCAUUAUUCCAAUACACCACAGACCUAUAAAUUCCAAUGCAGUCAUUGACUUUGCUGGUGUUAGUAAUUCUUCUCAGUUCAGUUUGCCACUGUUGUCAGGGUUCGUUCGAAAGCUUACGUGCGCUAGCUUCAAUUUCUUGUUGAUCUUCAAAGCAACUUAAAACAAAAAACAAAUCAAAAUGUUCGUAUCAACAGUCUCCCGUAUUGCCCCCGUUGCCAGGACCGCUCUCCUUAACGGCUCCAAGCAAUACUUGCGACCAUUGAGCAGCGCAGUCAUUAGCCAAAGCCAAACCUUGGCCGCUCAGAACACAACCCCCGUUGCUUUACUGCCACAAAUCAGGUCAUUCCAGACCUCCCCCGUCACACGUGACAUUGAUUCAGCUGCCAAAUUCAUUGGUGCUGGUGCUGCAACAGUCGGUGUAGCUGGUUCCGGUGCCGGUAUCGGAACAGUAUUCGGUUCCCUCAUCAUUGGUUAUGCCAGAAAUCCAUCAUUGAAACAACAAUUGUUCUCCUACGCUAUCUUGGGUUUCGCCCUUUCUGAAGCUAUGGGUCUUUUCUGUCUUAUGAUGGCCUUCUUGCUCCUCUUCGCUUUCUAAAGUGUAUUUGUGUCCUAAGAAGACUUUAAAACUUAAAAAAUAUAAUACAAACAACAAAAAUAACAUCUGUACCACAACAACAACAAACAGCUCCAUCAUCUUUAUUGUUUUUAAAAAACAUCCAAGAGUAAUAAAAAAGCAACACUUUUAUUUAAGUUUAAAACGGAAAUAAAACAAAAAAUUCGAUAACAAAAAAC